AUGCCGCCGAGAUACGUCGGAUUCACCUUGCAGCAGGCACAGAUGACGGCUGGAAAACCUCCUGACGGUUCCGAGUACGGAUUCAAGAAGUUCUCGGAUGGCGAACCACCCGUCGACUUCUUCACCCAUGCACCAACGAACUUCCCGGCUGUGUUCUCGACCAAGAAUGGCACCAAGACUUUCCGCAUGGUAACUAACCCUACCAUCGAGCGACAGGGUGAGUACUGGCACGCAAGUAAGAUUCAACUCGUCUGUGACGAGCUCCGAACCCAGAUGCCCGGCGAGUGCAAGUACGUUGAAUAUCUCCGAGGAGGCUACUAUGAUCUCUAUCACUACUUUGAUGCUCGAGACAUCUACGAACGAGGCGCUCAGAAUCUCUGGAAUGUCAUGAACCAUAUGGCUUAUGAGAAUCUGUGGAUGAACCGGGAGCUCCUCCAAGACGCCAAGGUCGAGUUUGAGAAAUGGGCCGCAGAGCUCCUCCUCAACAACAAAUCCGCCUGCGAAAAGCUCCGGCAAUGGAAUCCUAAGCACCACCCGGAUGUCCUGGGUAUAUUCACGUUCUCUGAGCUCGAUGAGAUUGACGGGAUGGAUAGCUUCUACAUGCCAUCAAUUCGGGAGAUCUUCUUGAGACAUCAUGCGAAUCUCAAGCGUGGUCUCCCGAUUGUCGCUCUCAGCCCGCUACCUGUCAACACAGAAGCUUCACAUGCCCCGAGCGACCAGCAGCUUGUCCUCUACCGCAACCCAGCUGAAAGUGCUGGAAGUGCUUCCACCGGUAGCGACAUCGAGACUGGGAGUAAAGUCGUCAACGGCAUUGUCAUUGUCGAUGGCACGUCGGCAACUGCAGCUCGUGUACACGCAAACAAGUCUCCGCAGUCUGGUCUCCCUAAGCCUUCAGACCCUAUCACGCGACACCAGGACGCAGUUCCUUCCGAACAGCCUCAGAACGCGGACGCUGCCCAACAGCAGCAGGUGCAAUCAGUCAAGGAGAUUCUGUUGGCUCCCCAGCCCGCGAUGCCACAGAACCCUCCUGAAUCGACAUUGCCCUCCAAUGCGCCUGACAUUGGAGAUGCUGCAACACGGGCCCUUUCCGACGGCAUGCUGCGUCCCGAUCGCAUGCGUGUCAACUCGGCGCCGCCCACCGGACAGCGAUUUGUCAGUGGUCCUGGUUUUGGCUCUGUUGUCACAGCCGACUCACUUAAGGGGUCUACCUCUGAUGCGAACGAAGCUCGUGUUUAUCCUGGAAACGAGCAUGACGUUGGCGAAGUUCUCAAAGGAUGCAUCAAGCCUGGUGACCGUUCACCUGUCACAGUAGAGCAGGUCUUGUCCGCCUCAACCGCUGUAGUGCCGACCGAGGAUGAACAGCGCAGCUCGACUGUGCCAGCCAUUACAGCGGACCAACCUGCGCCCCCCGUCCUUGCUGUGCCUAGCAUACAGCAGCCGCCCGUGACGCAUCCAGCCCCGGUUCAAGCCGCCCCUACCGCUGGAUUCGACACGAGCGACCAGGCUAUAGUUCCGCGCCGCAUCCAUGUGCCGGCAUACUACGACCAGCCCAAUAUCCGCAAGCAGAUUACUGCCAACCUUACCCAGUCGGGGGCUCAUAACCACACACCUGGCUACCGGCACGGACCUCCGUCGGGGUAUCCAGCCCAGAUGCCUCCUCAAGGAAUGCAACCGGCUCAGUACAAUCCGGCAUUUGCAAACCAGCUCCCCCCAUUCCCUCCUCAUCCUCCUCACUUGCUCAACCCUAUGCCGAAUCAGAGCUGCGGACCCUCGGGCGUCACCAGUUAUCCUCCCCCUAUUUAUCCCAUGCCCAAUGCCAUCAAGCCAGGCAAUGGCCCCGUCUAUGCUAUUCCGGGUACUCAAGGCUCCAGUCUCUUCAGCCCUCCUCAGCAGCAUGGGAUGAGCCGUGGUCACAACGCAGGCAGUUCGAUGGGAAACCCGCUUGAAAUCCGGCCCAUCCGAGCCCACUCUGGGGCUCGCAACGGCAAUGGUACCAUGGGCGGCAACAAUUCAAGAUGGGAGUAUGUCGAUGAUGGGAUCCACGGUCCCAGAUCUAUUUUCCGCAACCGCAAGGACAGUACCCCCUCGAAGAAGAGCGCGCAGAAGCCGCUGCACAACGGCAAUGGCAAGGGCAACCAUUGGCAGCGCAAAGACUCCAGUUCCUCAAACAGGCGUCCUUCAUUUGGUGGCAACGGCUACAACCACGGCCAGAAUAACGGCCAGCGGCGAACGAGUGGUGGGCGUCCUCCACAGUCCGGCAAUGCAGGCAACUGGAAUCAGUUUCAAGACCCGUCACUCAUGCCAUCCGCGAUUCCACCGGCCGGCGUCCCCUACCAUCAGGAGAACAUACACUACCACCAGGAGAAUGCAGCUCGGCAGCAUGUCCGAGGGGCUUCUUCGACAGAAUGCCUCAACGCCAAAAGAGAUUUCUAUGAGCAGUGCAGCCAGUGCCCAUGCACGCGUUGUCAGGACAAUGACCGCACGAUCCAUGUCAAGAAUCUCAAUGCCGGCCUCAGCAACUCUGAAGAUGGUCGAGAGCGUAUCGAGAAGUGGUUCAGCCAGUACGGUUGCGUUGAUAGGGUCCAACAGGGGAGCGCCAAGGGCGUUACAGGGGGUGCAGCUUUUGUGAGAUUCGCCACUGUCGCCAAUGCACAUGGUGCGGUCAAGGCGGCAAACAACCUUCGCGCUGCAGCUCUCGCGCCCGACGUGCUCUCUGUGAAUUACAGCAUAGGAUCGCAGUACUGGAGGCCGUAUGGGAAGGACAGACAAGGUUCGUACCAUCAACAAGAUGGCCAGAACCGACCUUCGCAACGUGCUCCCUAUGGUGUACAGGGAGUAGCUCACCCGUCCCUUGCCCUUCCGCAUAUGCCUUCGCCGGUUCAUCCAGGCAUGAUCCCAACUCCGAUCCCCGAAGAGAUAUCCGCCUUUCCCGGCCCCCCCGCUCUGCCCAUCCAUCCCCAGAACGUGAACCAGGCUGUGGCGGGUGUUGCUCCGCGUCAAGAGCUGCUGAUAUCACCUACCCGUGGGCCUCACCAGACAGCCCCAGAGGUUAUGGAAAGCAAGCCAUCUUCGGACUCCGUGGUCGCUGGCCCAGUGGCAACGUUCCCACAGACCAACAUCACGCCACUGAAACACGACCCCCGCCUGCGAAGUGACGACACCGACGGUAGUCCCAGCGUGGCCGUAUCAUCCGACGAGAGCAACCGCUCUGAAGCCAAGACACCCGACGCAUCAGCAGACCUGAUUAGAAAGAUUGAGACGCUGACGGGCGAGAUGUCGACCUCUCGCUUGGGCAGUCGUCAAGGGAGCCCAACCAGCGAUGAGAGCACGCGCGUCAUGACCCCAAGUCAGGAUUCCAGCUCUAAGAAGGCAUCGCCGCUCUCGGGUCAAGAUGGAGGCAAAGCCCCGGUUGCUUUCUCCGCACUUCGAAAGUUGGCAGCUUCUGCGAAGUUCGGCAAGGAUGACGAGAUUGAUCUGGGCACUGUACGCAUACGACCGGGCAGGGCCAAAUGGGUGCCUGAAGGUUUUGGUGACGAUAUGCCAAUCGCAGAUCCUAUUGUCCGCGAUUUCGCGGAACACCUUGAAGGCAAUCCGAUCCAGGGUCAGAGCUCGACGCAGCCGGAGGUUGAGACUCCGCAAGGCCCAAACAACGAGGGCCAGCAGGCUCUGGCCACUUCACAGGAUCACAAGGGCAAGGGCGAGCAAAAGGAGAAGAAGACUGCUGACCAGCCUACCAAGGUCAACGAAGAGCCUGUCUACCUGUUGCCAUUGACCUACCAGCCCCUUGAAACUGAAGUCAAGGCUUCGCAACAGACAAUCGAGGCUUCGACUGACCAGCCCAAGAAGCACAGCGUCCAGCCCACCUCCGCAGCGCAGAUUCGUCUUACUCGCGAGCCCAGUCCUCCCGCCAAACGCAAGGUGGACGAGGUCGACCAGACGACUGGCGGCGCCUCGGAACGCUCAUCCCCCAAGAAGAAGCCCAAGCAGAACUCGAACAAGGGCGAACCCAACCAGCGCAAGCCCACUAGCCAGCAGGAUCCUCGUCAUGGGCAGCAACAGCAGCACGGCGGGUCUGCCUACCCCAAGACGAACAAGAAAGGGAAGAACAAGAAGCGACAGGACACGGCUGCGCAGAAUCCACUACUGGUACCAGGCUCUAACACUGAGGCUGUUCCCGCCUACUCUUCCGCUUCGUUCAAACCCGAUCUUGCCUCAUCUGCGCUUCCAUCCUACCCUCAGGAGCAACAGCAGGCGCAGACAGGUCUUCCGACUCCUCGCAUUGGAGCUCCGCCCGAGGGCUCAAGCCGCCAGAUGUCGGAAGCAUUCCCUGCAUACCACGACCCCAUGUCUGGACCUCACAACAAGGGCAAGGAUCAGAAGGGCCAGGGAAAGAAAGGGUGCAAGCAAAUGCCGAACCCGACCAACGCUUCAACUGUCGUCCAGAAGCAGGUGCCGUCUCCGCAGAAGAAGUUAGACCCACGUGCCAACGAGUUCGUCGAUACUUCACAGAGCGGAAAGACGCCGUCUCCGCAGAAGAAGUUAGACCCACGUGCCAACGAGUUCGUCAAUACUUCACAGGGCGGAAAGAGGGACGGAAGCAAAACCCCGGCUGAGAAGGCCAACGACUCCAACAAGGGACCAGCCAAGAAGUUGCCCCAACAGUCCAGCAAGGGGAACCUGAAGGGCGCGGCUCCCAACCAAGGCGCCAAGGGCAAAGGCAAGCAGGUACAGAAGGGAAAGUCGGAGCAGGACGGCCAAUCUCGGGGCAACACAGCUGCCAAGGUUGAGGCCAAAGAGAAGGCUCCCGUUCCAGUCGAUCAGCAGCAGUCCUCUGAGACGAAGAGAAGCAACACUCCAGUCGGUCAGAGAGAGUCCAAACCCAACCAGACCAACAAGAAGGGUGGGUUUAAGGGCAAUGAUGUCGUUGCUCCCGAAAAGAAGGCGCACGAAGCACAUACCCAGAAGCCGCAGACUUCGGCUGAUCAGCAACAGCCUUCUGAGACGAAGAAGACUGAUACUCCCGCCGACCAGAAGGAGUCGAAACCCAGCCAGGCCAACAAGAAGGGUGGAUUCAAAGGCAAUGAUGUCGUUGCUGCUGAGAAGGUGCAUGAAGUACAUGUCCAGAAACCCCAGGCUUCGGUUGAUCAGCAGCCGCCUUCUGAGACGAAGAGGGCCAACACUCCAGUCAAUCAGCAACAGUCCUCCGAGACAAAGAAGAAUGAGACUCCCGUCGAUCAAAAGGAGUCCAAACCCAGCCAGGCCAACAAGAAGGGUGCCUUCAAAGGCAAGGACGUCGUUGCUACUGAGAAGAAAGUGCAGGAGACCCAGGUUCAGAAGCCCCAGGCUUCGAUUGUUCAGCAGCAGGCUUCUGAGAUCAAGAGAAGUAACACUCCAGUCGAUCAGAAGAAGGGCAAGGGCAAGGAUGUCGUUGCUCCAGAGAAGAAAGCACACGAAGCACACGCCCAGAAGCCCCAAGCUUCGGCAAAUCAGCAGCGGCCUUCCGAGACGAAGAGGUCCAACACUCUAGUCGAUCAAAAGAACGCCAAGCCCGACCAGCCCCUGAAGAAGGCCAAAGGCAACGAUACAGCGGCUCCGGAAAAGAAGACGACCGAGGCCCCGGCCGAAAAGUCUUCUGCCGGAACCAAAGACGAGGCGGAUAACGAUGGAUGGCAAACUUCUGGCAAGCCCAAGAACAAGCAGAAGACCGGGCCAGCGUCCAAGAAGGGAGGAGGAGGAGGAGCUCCGCCUCCCAAGGACAACAACGCCAAAGCGGACGUGCCGAAGCCUGCUCUACCUAAGGGCAAGCAGCAGCAAAAGUCGCAGCAACAGGCGCAGACGCAGCCGCAGCGAAAGCAGGCAGCAGUAACAAAACCCAGGGGCUCCACGAUGCCGACGUUGAACGAUAGUGACUUCCCCUCGCUUCCCAUUUCGCCCCCAUCGGCCCAGCUGCGCGAGUCUCGGACCAUUUCCAGCGCGUGGAAUAACGUCGGCAGUUCCUCCUCGAAGAUGGGCGGCCCGGAGCCUGAGAAGAAGGGUGGUCAGAUGGCUGCUUCUUCGCCGGCGAAGGACAAGGGCGAGGAGCGUCCUCCCGAUGGCGAGAGGAAAGGUGGUUGA